UGCGUUUGUGUGUCCAGAGCUGACAGAGGCGAAUCCGUGGCAGCAGCAGCAGCGGCGGCAGCAGCGGGGAUGGUUUAACUCCACAACUUCAGCCUGACUGCGGCCGGUUCCCCCCCCGCGUGGGUCGGUGGGUGAGUCCGCGCGCCCUGAGGUCCGGGACCAGGAGCCGGUGACGGACAUGAGGGAGGAAACGCGCGGCGGAAGUCACUGUGACUGGGACUGAGUGGGAGACACGGCGGCGCGUUGAUUUUAACUCAUCCUGUCCUGUGAUUUCUGAUGGCAGCGGUUCGUGGCGUGGCUGCCCCCGGAGACACGCGGAGGGAGCAGAGAGAGGCCUGGCUGCGGCGCGUGUCACUGAGCUGAGCGUUUGAAGCACCAACUGUGAGAUUCAAGAUGUUUUUGCUGCUUUCGCUGCUCAUCAGGCCUGCAGCCGGCGCAGCGAGCUGCAGGAGUGAAAUGGAGCUGCUGGCCGGACACGUUUGACCGGACAUGGAGGCUUUCGGAGAAGUCAACGCCACGCAGGAGGAGCUCCGCUUCCUGCCCUCGCCUGACAGCGACCCCAACAACCUCGGUUACCAUGACUACCCCCCAAACAUCGGCAUCCUCCCCCCGGUUCUGCCAGCCGGAUUCGAGGGGGUGAAUUUUCCAGAAGACCCCAUCCGACUGCUGAGCGUUCAGGUGGUGUUGAUCUUGGCCUACAGCACCAUCAUCGGGCUGGGGGUUCUGGGUAACUCGCUGGUCAUCUACGUCAUCUAUCGCUUCAAGACGCUGCGGACCGUCACCAACUUCUUCAUCGCUAAUCUGGCCGUCGCCGACCUGCUGGUCAACACGCUGUGCCUGCCCUUCACGCUGGUCUACACGCUGCAGGGCGAGUGGAAGUUCGGCAGCACGCUCUGCUUCCUGCUGCCCUACGCCCAGGUCCUCGCCGUGCACGUCUCCACGGUGACGCUCAACGUCAUCGCCCUGGACCGCCACAGGUGCAUCGUGUACCACCUGGAGACCAGGAUGAGGAAGGAUGUGUGCUUCGGGGUGAUAGCGCUGACCUGGGUGCUGAGCGCCGUGCUGGCCAGCCCCAUGGCCAUCUUCAGAGAGUACGGCUCGUUUGUGCUGGACCCGGGCCACACCUUACAGUUCUGUCGGGAGAAGUGGCCCGGUAAAGGAACGGACGGCACGCUCUACAGCAUCUCCAUGCUGAUCCUGCAGUACUUCCUGCCGCUGUCCAUCAUCUCCUUCGCCUACGCCCGCAUCUGGUCCAAGCUGCGCGGCCACGUCAGCCCGGCGGAGAGCAGCGUCAACAGCAGCGCCAGCUCCGAGCGACACCGCCGCCGCCGCAAGACCACCAAGAUGCUGGUGACCAUGGUGGUGGUGUUCGCCGUCUGCUGGCUGCCCAUCCACGCCUUCCAGCUGGCCACCGACAUCGACAGCUCCGUGCUGGACAUGCGCGACUACCGCCUGCUCUACACCAUCUUCCACGUCAUCGCCAUGUGCUCCACCUUCGCCAACCCGCUGCUGUACGGCUGGAUGAACCGCAACUACCGCGCCGCCUUCCUCGCCGUCUUUAAGUGUCGCAGGGACCGCGGGCGGGGCGGCCGGCUGGACAGCAUCCACCCCGUCGGCGGCGGGGCAGCCGGCGCGGCGAGGGCCAAGAAGAUCGUCCUGGAGACACAGGACCCGGUCUCCACGCACCUGAACGCCACCGACGUGUGACGACCGCUCGCUGGAGGACGGAGGAGAAACGGACGGAGAUGAUGGAGGGAGUUCCUCAAGCAGGGGAGGACGAGGGAUUAGAAGAUUUUAUUAUCCGGAAACAGAGGAGGACAUGGAAAUGAUGGAGGAUUAGAGAGACAGAAGAACAGAGAGUGAAUGAAUGACUCCGAGUUGUGGAACAACUGAAGCGGCGUCUCUUUGAAGACGUGACCUCGACAUGAUGGAGAACUCCCAAACGACGAGGAGGAGGAGGAGGAAGAGGAGGAGGAGGAGGAAGAGGCGUCCUCUGGGGCGUCGGUUCAAGUCAAAUUCAUCUCCAUCAGACAAGAUCAUGAGUGAAACAGUUCAGCUUGGUGAUGCAUUCUGGGAACAGGGCUGAACUCUGCCUGUGAAGCAUUCAUUUAACCUCGAGUGGCUUAUUAAAGUCCCGCAGCAACCAGGCUGCUUCCCGCCGCAGGAGGAAACACGAAUCUCUGCGCUUGAUACGUGAAAGCUGGUCAAAUUUAGACGGAUUACGUUGAGGGAGAAGGGUUUUGGUUUUUAGACGGAGGAGGAGAAACAAAAGGUUUGUGUCAUUUAGAAAAAUGUGUUUUGCAUCAAAUGAGCUGGAAACGAUCCCUGCUUUCCACCAACACAUGAAUGUUCAACCAGACUGUCGCUUACGCGGCUGAUCCAGUCGCAGCUUCGUUAUUUUUGAUAAAAUGUUUUGCUAAUUUCUGCUGUAAAUUUGUUUCCGGCUUGUUAAAGAAACGUGAGCGCCGGAGUGUUUUUUAUUAUUUCCAGUUUUUGAAAAGGUUUGUGCUUUUGGUGCAGAGCUGAUUGAUAUGCAUGGCUGGCCGACCCUCAUGUGGCCGAGACGCAGGCAGCUGGAUGAGGGACAGGAAGCAACCAAACGUCUCUGAUCUUACACGAUCAUUUCUGUCCAUUUUCAGUUAUUUUUUCUACUUCCUGUUUUGAUCCUGCGGUUGAAGCAUUCAGGUGAGGCAGAGGAACAACAUUUUGUUUUUUUCCCCAACACACCUACAUGGUUGGACAAUAUUAUCCUCUUGCAUUCUCUGCAGCUUAUUGAUAUUUUUCCCGUUGCAUCGAUCAAGAACUCCUGAUUUGCAACAUUUCAAAAUAACGUCUGAUCAGUUUUCUAUUUAUUCCAAGAAAAUAUUAAAGUAGUGUCAGGAUGUGUAAGAAAUCUUUAAAUAGGUUUGUUUUAUUUUAUGUAGUAAUUUCUUGCACUGAAAAGUCCCUUUAAAAGAGAAGCAGGCCCGCAGCAUCACACAUCCUCCACCCUGCUGAGCAGUGGGUAUGAAUACGAGUUAAAUUAGCUUUUUGUUUCAAAGCUGACGUGUUUUUUGAAAAUAUUUCACCAGUUAAAGUUUCUAACUUGGCAGAAAUUACACCCACAAGAACAACUAAAAUAAAUUAUUUCAGAAAAUAGUAACACAAAUAUGUAAAUAAUCUCAGAUGCAGAUAUUUUUUUGAAACACCACAAAGUAUUAAAAUAAUAAUAUUUUUAUCGAUCCAGGUUCUUGGCCAUCAUUAUAUCUACAAGCACAGAUAAAUUAUUGCAAAAAAAAGAGAUUAAAUAAAAAAAAAAAA